CUCGAUUGCUCGAUUGACUGGAUUUUGUCUUUCAAAGAACUUUACAAAGAUCUAUACCUAGCUGGGAGAGCUACCAAUUACUUUGUCUGCGAGCAUCCGAUAGCCCCAAAUACGCCCCAAGAAGCCGGGAUCCUGCCGCCGCCAGCAUGAGCAUCGACUUUCCAAAGGAGGAGGAGGAAAUUCUUCAGCGGUGGAAAAAGAUCAAAGCUUUCGAAACUCAGGUUGAACUCUCCAAAUCUCGCCCUCUUUAUACAUUCUACGAUGGACCCCCAUUUGCAACUGGACUCCCGCAUUAUGGCCAUCUCCUGGCAUCUACGAUCAAAGAUAUAAUUCCGAGAUAUUGGUCUAUGAAGGGCUACCACGUCGAGAGACGAUUUGGGUGGGAUACACAUGGAAUUCCUAUUGAGCACGAAAUCGACAAAAAGCUAGGUAUCUCUGGAAAAGAUGCGGUCAUGAAGCUUGGGCUGGCCAAAUACAAUGAGGAAUGCAGAGCCAUUGUCAUGCGCUACUCGACUGAAUGGCGAGUUACGAUUGAGCGGCUAGGGCGGUGGAUUGACUUUGACAAUGACUACAAGACCAUGGACCCCACUUUCAUGGAAUCCGAGUGGUGGGUUUUCAAACAGAUCUUCAACAAAGGGGCUGUCUAUCAGGGAUAUCGAGUCAUGCCCUAUUCUACUUCCCUUACUACGCCACUCAGCAACUUCGAAGCAAACCAGAAUUAUCAAGACAUCACAGACCCGGCAGUGGUAGUGUCGUUCCCUCUCCUUGAAGACCCCACAACAUCGCUUCUGGCUUGGACAACCACGCCUUGGACUUUGCCUUCUCACACUGGCUUGGCUGCACAUCCAAACUUCGAAUACAUCAAGAUUCAUGAUGAGACCUCUGGGAAGAAUUUCAUCCUCUUGGAGAAGCUACUUGGAACGCUGUAUAAAGAGCCCAGGAAAGCCAAGUUCAAGAUUGUCCAGAAAAUCAAGGGAAGCGAGAUGCUUGGUUGGAAGUACGAACCGCUUUUCGACUACUUCUACGAAGAAUUUAAAGAUUACGGUUUCAAGGUCCUCAACGCUACCUAUGUCACGGAUGAUAGUGGUGUUGGCAUCGUUCAUCAAGCACCUGCCUUUGGUGAAGAGGAUUACAAUGUUGCAAUGGAACACGGAAUCAUUAGCGAAAAACGCCCACCACCGAAUCCGGUCGACGAAAGUGGACAUUUCACGUCAAAAGUGCGCGAUUUCGCCGGUCAGCAUGUCAAAGCCGCCGACAAAGCCAUCAUCAAGUAUCUAAAGGGCACGGGAAGACUCGUUGUGGAGUCUCAGAUUAGGCAUAGUUACCCCAUGUGCCCACGAUCAGAUACACCCCUCAUAUACAGAGCCGUCCCGUCCUGGUUCAUCAGAAUCCCCGAAAUAGUACCACAGAUGCUGAAGAAUAUCGAAGGAUCUCAUUGGGUACCGUCAUUUGUGAAGGAGAAGCGUUUUGCUAGUUGGAUUGCCAAUGCUCGCGACUGGAACGUUUCUCGAAACCGAUAUUGGGGAACGCCGAUUCCUCUAUGGGUUAGCGAUGAUCUGGAGGAGAAAGUCUGCAUUGGCAGUGUCGCAGAACUCAAGGAACUUAGUGGCUACACAGGGGAGUUGACCGACCUCCAUCGCGACAAAAUCGACCACAUCACUAUCCCAAGUAAGAUGGGCAAGGGUCAACUGAAGCGAAUCGAAGAAGUUUUUGAUUGCUGGUUCGAGUCUGGAAGCAUGCCGUACGCCAGUCAACACUAUCCAUUCGAGAACAAGGAGAAGUUUGAAAUGUCUUUUCCUGGCCAUUUCAUCGCGGAAGGCUUGGAUCAGACAAGAGGAUGGUUUUACACGCUUCUGGUUCUUGGCACACAUUUGUUCGGGGUUUCUCCAUUUCAAAAUUGUGUAGUCAAUGGAAUUGUGCUUGCUGAAGAUGGUAAAAAGAUGUCGAAGCGAUUGAAAAAUUAUCCAGAUCCAAGCAUUGUUAUGGGCAAGUACGGUUCGGAUGCGUUGCGACUCUACAUGAUCAACUCUCCGGUUGUACGAGCCGAGCCAUUACGUUUCAAGGAGGCCGGAGUUAAAGAGGUUGUGGCCAAAGUUCUCCUACCAUUGUGGAACAGCUACAAAUUCUUUGAAGGGCAGGUUGUUCUCUUGAAGAAGAUCGAAAACGUCGACUACUGCUUCGACCCUGCCGCGGAAGCAACAAACACCAACGUCAUGGAUCGAUGGAUUCUGGCCAGUUGCCAGAGUCUGCUCAAAUUUGUGAACGAAGAGAUGGCAGCUUAUCGUCUUUACACUGUCGUUCCUCGACUUCUGGACCUCAUCGAUAACACCACGAACUGGUACAUUCGAUUCAACCGUAAGCGCCUGAAAGGCGAACUUGGUCUCGACGAUACCCAACAUGCAUUAAACACCCUAUUUGAGGUCCUUUUCACUCUUGUGAAAGGUCUUGCUCCGUUCACUCCGUUCAUCACAGACAAUAUCUACCAGCGCCUACUUCCACACAUCCCCAAGGAUUUGCAAGGAGCAGAUCCUCGGAGUGUCCAUUUUCUCGCUUUCCCAGAUGUCCGUGAAGAGCUCUUUGACGCGGAAAUCGAGCGCCGCGUUGGCCGCAUGCAACGUGUCAUCGAACUGGCCAGAGUUUCGAGAGAGAGACGAACUGUCGGCCUGAAGACACCCUUGAAGACAUUGAUGGUCAUCCAUCCAGAUCCAGUGUAUCUUGAGGACAUCCAGUCCUUGGAAGGGUACAUCACGGAAGAGUUGAACAUCCGAGAUCUCAUUUUAUCAUCUGACGAAGCUAAAUACAACGUUCAAUACAGUGUAUCCGCGGACUGGCCGGUGCUUGGAAAGAAGCUCAAGAAAGACGUCCAGAAAGUCAAGAAAGCCCUUCCAGGUUUAAGCAGCGAACAGGUCCAUAAAUUUGUUCUGGGAAAGUUUAUGGUCGUGGAUGGCAUUAUAUUGGAAGAGGGCGAUCUAGUAGUGAAGAGGGGGCUCAAAGAUGACGACUCUUCAAAGUUCUUGGAGACCAACACAGAUGACGACGUUCUGACUAUCCUGGAUGCCGAGCUCUACGCAGACCUAGCAGACGAAGGUUUAGCACGAGAGAUCAUCAAUCGUGUCCAGCGACUGCGGAAGAAAGCUGGACUUCAACCGACUGAUGAUGUAAAGAUGGAAUACAAGGUGCUUUCUGACCCAGACAACAUCGGUCUCAACAAAGCAUUCACCGAGCAAGCAAAGGUUAUCGAGAAGGCACUUCGGAGACCAAUUGACCAUCACGUUGUAACAGAGGUGGAAGGAAAGAUUCCAGACAAGAUGGAAGAGGGGAUUAUUUUAGAAGAGGAGCAGGAGAUCUCUAAAAGUGUCUUUGUGUUGCGUUUGCUCAGACUAUGAAUUAUGAUUGUGGCUGGAAAGCCUCUAGUGUUUGCAAGAUCUCAUGUCCGUCAUAUAGACAGCUCUCGAAGCUCUCGUAGAUCCGUGAGGGGUUUGCGCUUGCAUAGAUUUGCUGAUGUGGAAUGAAAUGUCUAUGUUCAAGCCUUCUUUGCUGCGGCCAUAUAACAAUCUUUCAGUCGGAGAAACUCAGUGAGACAUUUGUCCUUGUUUACUGAGUUGUAGUCCGCGACAAUGCAUUUGCCAUAGACUGAAGCCUCAGCUGAACAUUUGGCCACAGCUUGAGCGAACUUCUCAAUUGGCCGUGCUCGAGAGGGCAUUUCUAGAUCGAUCAAUCCGUUUCGAUAGGCUGACAAGGACUUUUCAA